GAAAAAUAAAAAAUAUGUAUUUGUAUUCAUUGUCCCCAUUUUCCAAGCAAACAGACGUUAAGGAGGAAGCCGAAAUUUGACUUCGGGUCUUCCUGCCUCCAGCUUGAGAAGGUUGUGAUCUGUACAGUUGGAGAGACACCUAAAGGGAUGAAAUUUGGGAUCCUCCGGGAUCGCUGUAAACUGCCUCGAGACCCAAAGGGCCUGGAUUCUCACGCUGGUCCUGAACAAGGAAAACGAACCUUUAUCCACUUUCUUCUCGGCUUCCCUGGCCCCAGGGGCAACCCGGACGCUGCUUAAGAAAGAACCAGGAAAAUCGAGGCGGCCUCUAACCCGAGCCCAAGAGUUUCCCAGAGCUUUGUGACCGCCUGUCUCCGGGGAGAGACGCCUGAAUGGUCGCCCUAGCAACGCAAACAGAGUCAAAGAAUACUGCCUCCGAUUAAGUUCAACUCGUUUUAAAGGGUUCAGAGCGCGCGCUCUCUUUGCCUUUCUUGUAGCAGCUGUUUGUGCAACCCCCAAAGGGCUGAAGCUGUGUUUUUGAGGAGUCACUGUAUCCCGGAGCUGGUGGGUGAGUCGGGCAUGGGAAACAGCCAGGUUCUUCGGCAGCUGGAAUCUAUAUUGGAUAAUACAGAAGAACCUAUACAUCUUUAGGUGAUCUCUUGAGGAGAAGCAUUGUUAGCAAUUACUUCAAAAUGUCCGGGUUACAAUCUACAUCCCAGAAGACACUGGAUAAAGUUGAAAAACCCCAAAAUGAACUUCUCGACACCAAUUCGUUCCUCAUGGCUAUCGAAUUUCCAGUUAAGUCCGUAGUCCGAAAGGAUAGCUCAGAUGAGGGGGGAAAUCCUUUCCACCUUUCCUCAGACACCGACUUCUUCUUGCUUCGAGAAAAAGAGAGGCAAAAGCAUCAGUUGGAAAGGGAGGCAAAGAAAACCUUGAAAGUCUUUGAGAAGAUGACCUAUUCCUCGAAGAUAUCUGCCAAGGGCACUAACCUCCGGAGACAGCUACAAAAGGAAGAUAACUUGGACGAACAAGCUCUGCAGGCUGAGGCCCAGCAUUUCCGAGAACUUCGAGACAGUGCCACUUGGAAAAUUGCUGUCACCAAAGAUAAAAGAAUUGAGAGAGAGAGCUUGGCCACUUACAUCGAAAAGAAUCGAAAAAUGUUUCUGAUCCAGUAUGCCCUGGAAAUGAAGAAAGAGGAGAUCCUGAGACUGGAAAUGUUGGCCACCAAGGAAGAGAUGAAGCUGAAGAAGGCAGAAAAAUUCCUAGAGAAAGACGCGACUCUGUUUGAUGAGUUCCUGAAGGAGAACGAUAAGAACUCCGUGCAGGCCAUGAGAACGGCGGAAAGGGAAGCCAAAGCAAAGAUAGAGAAGCUCGCUGAAAUCCGAGAGAUCACAGGACAAAUCUUAAUGAUUAAAAGUGAAAUCUCCAAGUUUGAAGACAACGUCCAGAUUUACAAACUCUAUAAGGAGUUCCUCUAUAAGCUGUCCCCCAGGGAGUGGCUGAUGACCCAUGCCAAGAAGUUUUUGGCCCAUGCUGCUGCCGCGAUGAUCUCAAGCCCACACAAAGAUAGUAUUCCAUUUUUGUCCUUGGAUAGAGAUUGGGCCAAGAACAUCCGAAAACACAGCUCAACCAUCUCCACCUCAAACUUCCCCCCAUCCUCCCUGAGUGAGAUGGUGAUUAACAAGGAGGACAAAUCCUCCUCAGCACCAUCAUCAUCCCAGGAUUUACAGCCUCUGUUCAAAAUCAACCCCAUGAAGAAAGGGUCCAAUCUGCAGUCCUCUGCCAGAACGGAUGAAGCUGAAAGUGAUGAUGAGCUGGACCUGUACUUCACAGACCCCCAACAGCUGCUGGAUAUUUUCACUCAGCUGGAGGAACAGAACCUCUCUCUGAUUCAGAACUCCCAGGAGAUAGAGGAAACCCUGGAUGAGAUCGACAUUUCCCUGAGAAGCACUCGGAACAAAAUGGAUCGGGAAAUAAACCAGCUCAAGCUACUGUCAAGUGCCCUGAUGAGCUCCAUAGCUAAGGAAGAGGAGAUUGCUGCAGAUCUGCAACUCAAAUCUCGUGUCUUCUCUUUUGGCGAGUAUAAGGUUGAUUAUCAGAACAAUAUGUUGGCCAGCCUGCACAAAAAGGUGGUAGAAGUUUACCGCCACUGCAUUGGGGACUGUGAGUCCAGCCUGGGCACCUUGCAGAUGCUCACCAUUAUUGAGGAACAGCUAGAUGAACUCUUAGAGAAUCUGGAGAAGGUCCCAUCAUGGAAGAUUGAGCAGAUCGAGAAGAUCAAAGAAAAGGAGAGGAGGUCAAGAUUGAGAGAAGAGAAAAUAAGAGCGCUGAAAAGUCUUCACGAGGAGCGGGUCCAGAGGGCCCUGGCCAGAGCCCAGGCAUCAAUCAAGAAAAAGACGGGCAGGAGGCUCAUGUACCGCUCGGAGCCUGUGGACAACAAAGUCCGGGACGAGGACACCGACCGCAUGGACAACAAGGAGAAGGAAGAGAUGCUCUUCUUCUUCACUUAGCUCACACGCACAUGCACACGCACACGCUCCCGUGGAGUUGGCUGAACACUUGUAAGAGAUGUAAACAAUCGAAGCAAACAGACCGCACUGGUUUACUUGUAUGUUUUAGAGUCGCUCCAACCCCCUUUCCCAGUGUCCCUGGACACACGUUCUUUCUGUGCUUGUAUUUAAACUAAAAUAAAAGUCCGUGCUCCUUUUGGUUGUGCAAGGAGGCCCCUUUAAAGAAGCUGAGAUUCUGUUAUAAAAUCUGGGGUCCUUUCUUCCUCCUCUGUAAUAAAGCCACCAUUUCCAAGCGUUCUGUAAAAGCAGCGAGGAAAGAACAGAAAUGAUGCCUUAAGCUACAGCUAUUCAAGGAGGAAAGGCAUCAGAGGAAGAGUCAAUGAAUAGGAAAGAUUCCCGAUUCUGGGCAGAUAUAUUUUUCAAGCCCCAAGAGUCAUAGUUCCUUGUACUGAGUCA